UGAUGCUCGCUUUGUUUUCCUUAAUGCUUUGCCUAAGUAUUUGAUCGGGACUCGGUAUCGGCAGAUAUUUAAAACCAAAGACUCGGAUUCUUUCUCGGGUGAUUAAAAAAAGCGUGGUUGGGACAUCCCUAUUAAAAGGCAAUUGGUGAAUUCUUUCCUGAGAAAAAUCAUCCUUAAAAAGGUCAAUGUUAAUCCACAAAAUGACUGGAUGCCCUUCUAUGUCCAGGUGUGGUUCUCAGCCCAGCGGCUGAAGCACGGUGUCAGCUGGACCCCAGAAGAAGUAGAGGAGGCCAGGAGGAAACAGUUUAAUGGCACUGUGCACACGGUUCCUCAAACCAUUACUGUCAUACCUGCUCACCAGCUCUCUGCUGCCAAUGGCCUACAGUCCAUUCUGCAGACCUGCCAGAUUGUGGGCCAGCCUGGCUUGGUGUUCACACAGGGUUUACGUCUCACCCAAAGAUAGCUGGAAUAGACUUUGGCUGAGCUCACCACAAGCCUAAGAGGACAAGCAGUUUCGAAAAUGGAUCGAUGGAUGGUUUCGCACAGUAUCAGGGCCAUGAAAGUCUCUUUGUUUGAGGCCUCUGUAUUUUUGUAGCUUUUUCGCAAAUUAUUGUUCAUGGUUCAUCUUGUUCAGUGUCCACAAAGUGUUUAAAUAUGAGGGACAAUCCUAUGUAAUAGAGUAGCCACAUACUAUACUAUUUCCUUUCUAUGUCAUCAAGCCAUGGAUCCAGUGUAUCACUUAAGCACAUUGCUUGAUUAAAAAAAAAAAGCAUACAUCAAUAAGUGACAAAUGGUUUACCUAUUUCUUACCGAUUCAGGUCUUAUUGAAUCUUCUGUAAUGUUGUGACAAUGUAGUAGUGAUUGUGUUUGUGAUAACCUGUCAAGUUGUUCAUGAUGGUGGGUGGAGACUCCAAAAGGCAGGGAGGCAGGAGGAAUAGGAUGGACUGAGCAAAAUGUAUGUAACAAAAAUACAAACAGGAGUCCACUGCAAAAAAAA